AUGAGGCUCGGCUUGUUUGCCUCAAAGCUGGAUGCCAAUUUCAAGAAUCUUCGAAGAGCCAAUGACGCAACUCAACUCGCCCAAUUGGACUCAUCUUCCAAAUCAACCUUCGAGUCACAGGGUUUGACACAAACCCCACCAGUCAAUCCAUUUGAGGGCUCGCUCUAUACCGAAAAUGGUCGGCCAAGUAUCAUUCAUGAGUAUUGCUUAAGAGCAGAUCGUGAAGGCCGCGAGAAAUGCAUAUGGAUCUGUAUGAAAAAACGGAAUAGGUGGAUUGCAAAGGAUAUGCCCCUUGAGAACGAGGGACGGGUGCUCGGAAUCCCGGAGUUGCGCAUGCAAUGCAGCUGGUGGAAACGACAUUCACUUUUUUCGGUCAUAGGGGUCAAGGAAGUUAUGUUUCGAUGGGCCAAGUACAACGAAACCACACAAGAGAUCUCCGUAUUUCUGAAAAAGAUGGACUAUGAUUCCGAAAUAAAAAAAAUCCAGAAGGCCAUUGAAGACCCAGGCCCGAAUUCUGAUGCCUGGGAAUGCGGUGUGAAUAUACAGGGCGAGAGUCAUAGUUCUGGCGAUGAGUGCCCUAACUCAAUCUGGGAUGAAGUGAUGGAGGAUUUUUACUGCCCUGUUCAGCACUCCCGAGCACUGCGGCUUCGGAAAGACGUCUAUGAAUGGUUACCUGCAAUGGUAGAGUGCUACUGGCAAAAUGGAAUUAAACCACAGGAUGCCGAAUUUCUUGAGGCUGGCAGCUUCGUGACCUUUUAUCGGUAUGGCGUGCUCCCUAAUUUCUUGACUUGA